GUAAUUGUGACGUAAGACUGAGAUUUCGAUAAUCGUAACAAUCACUCCUUUUUAGAUUUAUCUGCGCAAAUGGAAUUGUGUCCUUCGUCCUUAAAUAAUCUGCUUUGAAGUGAGGGAAAUGGCACAACUUUACACAACCGGAUGCUUAGUCAAAACCCUACUUAUAAUGAAUGAAAAUACUGAGAGUACUGAAAUCUAAGCCAGUAUGAUAUGUAUGCAAGCUUUAAAAAGGAGGAUACAGACAAUUAAACACAUUGUGAAAUGGGUUGUAAUCAUAUAUCUUUUGACUUACAUCGUUUGUUUACCUUUCCGAGAAUCAAAAAAGGGAGCAGGUGAAACAUCCUACAAACUCUUACAGGCCUACGUAGAAUCUGGCCUGUUGGAGACAGCACCAAUGCGUCAUAAGACCUAUAGUAACGGUGAGGUUUUCCUGCUCAUCAUGGUCCCAAGCGCUGUGUCAAACUUUGAACAAAGAGACGCUAUCCGCAGAACUUGGGGAAACGUUUCAACAACAAAACCUACUGUUCUGUUGAAAUUUGUGUUGGGUAAAAGUAAGGAUACUGUUUACCAGAGCCUUGCAGAAACCGAAAAUUCUAUUUAUAAUGAUAUUUUGUUUGAGGAAAUAUUGGAAACUUAUGAAAAUCUGUCACAAAAAUCUAUAUCGUUGUUGCGAUGGGCUUCCACAAAUUGUAAAGGAGUGAAAUAUCUUUUGAAAAUUGAUGACGACAUGUUCCUUAAUCUUCCAAGACUUUUGAAUGAAUUAAACGCUCAUCCGAAAACAAACACUAUAUCCGGCUGCAAAGUCAGUGGUGCUUCUCCAUUCCGAUUUGCAUUCUCGAAAUGGAAGAUAUCGAGAUCAGAGUAUAAAAAUGAUUAUUAUCCAGAUUAUAUUGCAGGAACUGCUUAUCUGAUCAGUGGGGAUAUCAUUUCGAACUUAUAUCGGGCAACACGAAAUGUUCCGUAUUUCAUUUUUGAAGACGUAUAUAUAACAGGCUUAUGUAGAAAACACAUUGGUGCCGAUGCAUUAGAAAAUAAAGGUUUUAAUUGUGGAUAUCGAAAUCGUGGUCCCUGUGGAAAUAACUUUAGAUAUCAGAUAACAGGACAUCACUAUACACCAAGGGAAAUUCAAAGGAUGUGGCUGGAGUUACAAGAUCGAUGGUCAAAUUGUCGACUUGUGGAUCAUUACUUUAUUUACAAAUUAGUUGAUUUGUUCAAGUAUAUGUUUCUGUGAAUAGGUGUGGAAAAUUGCAAAACACAUGAUGCAUGAUCUAAAUAAAACUAAAAUCAUCAAACAGUCUUACUUUCAUGAUCAUGAGACCUGAUCGAAUUAUUACGUUUAUAUAAGACUAAAAUUUCUUUAAAAAUAUUUCUUUAUUUAUUACAAACAUUUCAAAUGCCAAUAUCGAUGGGUUAACGUACAGCAUGCAUUUCAGUGGCAUUUUUGAUGUCAUAC